AUGGUUGGACGCACGGCAAAGAGGUCAUCGGAUGACUGCGUUUUUGCCGACACAAAGAAAAAGAAAAUUUCCAAAGAAAAAGGAGAGACAGAUGCAGUGGUAUCCAGUGAAAAAGCGUCCACUCUCUGCAACGGGGACUUGAGGCAGAAAAAGGCAUUUUUUGCAUAUUUCGGUAAAUCAUUUGAUGAGGCCAAAAACAGCACUGCCGUCCAAAAUGAUGGCAAUUCGAAAACCACCGAUUCCAACAACAGUGUGACAAAACAGAACAUCGUCAUCAAAACUAGGAGUUGUAGUGAUGGUUCAAAAACUCCAUUAGUCAUUAACACAAAGAAUAAAGAUGUUCAGCUGCCCAAUGAUGCUGUUUGUAUCAUUAAGAGUAAUGCCAACUUGCCUUAUAUCAGUAGUUUUGUUGAAGAAUUCGGAUGUUUUCCUAAGAUCACACACACUAACCAUUUGACAUCUUUGAGGUCAUCAGAUCCUAUACUCUGUUUGAAGGAAGAAGUAUUCCAUGACAAUUGUAAUAAAAACUCUAUUCUUACAUUUAAAACUGUUCAGUCUCUACCUAAACGUCUAGUAUUAGAGCCCUAUCAAAUGGAAAUUAAUUUUCCAUACAUGAUUUCAUCUUUAAAAACAUCUGUACCAAAUUUUCCAGUUUCAGAUUUUCAUAAAAAUUUGAAGAAGAAACAUUUAGUGGCAAAGAAAUCUACAACUGAUAUUGAAUCUAUGUGGAUUGAUAAAUAUAAGCCAAUGUGUAAAGACGAGGUGCUUGGUAAUGGUAAACUUGUUAAGGAUUUGAAGAAUUGGUUAGAACCUAAUAAGAAAAAUUCUAAAAAGUCAAAAAAAUGUCAAAAGUAUGAUGAUGAUGAUGAUUUUAUCUUUGAUAGUGACAGUGAAUCUAGUUGUAAACAACAACUUAACUUAGCAAUUUUACUUGGACCAAGUGGUUGUGGUAAAACUAGUGCAGUUUAUGCUGUAGCCAAUGAACUUAAUGCAAAUGUGAUAGAGUUGAAUGCUUCCUGUAACAGAAAUGGAAAACGUAUUAUUACAGAUUUAAUGGAAGCUACACAAUCACAUGCAGUGGAAAAAAACUGUUUAUUAAAUCUAUUAAAAGGUUUAGUAUUUAAUAUAGGCUAUAUUUGUAGAAUAACUCAUGAACCAAUAUUGUGA